CCCGACACUAGCCAUUUUGACCUCAGCACCAUGCCGAAGCGGAAAGGCAUGUCCUUGGAGGAGAAGCGCCAAACAAUCUUGAAAAUCUACCAUUCCACGGGUGCCGUCUACAGUCUAAAAGAGAUGGAGGGUCUCGCAUCGAAACAAGGUGUUGUGUCACAGAGCGUGAAGGACGUCAACCAAGGACUCGUCGACGAUGGCUUGGUCGAAAUGGAAAAGGUUGGAGCAAGCAACGUUUUCUUCGCCUUUCCUGGCAAGGCUAUUGCGUCGAAAAGGACCGCCACCGUCAAUUUAGAGAGCGAAGUCGCUAGACUCAAAGCUCACGUAAGCACGUUGGAAGAGAAAGCAGCAGCUUUGUCAGCGGGACGCCAAGAUUCCGAAAAGAGGAGACAGAACAUGGAGGACUACGAAACUGCCCUUGCCCUGAAAACGAAGCAGUUGGAGGAAGUGCAACGCUUCAAGGAUAAUGACCCGGUGAAGAUCGAACGGCUUGAGGCGCAGGCUGCUCUCUGUAAGCAGGGAGUCAAUCGGUGGACGGACAAUAUCUUCUCCAUUAAGAGCUACUUGGUCAAAAAACGCGGCAUGUACAGCAAGGACGUCGACAAAUUCCUAGGGUAA